UGAUGACAAUGAUUAUUUCCUUACAAUCUUGGUAACAGUUUUUUAAGGGGAUUAAGGGCCCGUCCACACGUUUCCGUUUUUGUCUUAAAAUGGAGAUUUUUCUUCUCCGUUUUUAAAAAAAAACAAGUUAAAAAUGGGCGUCCACGCGCUGUUUUUUCAAUCGUUUUUGCUUGUCCACACGGAAAGUAACGCAAUACCCAAAGCAAUAGUGACUGAACCAUCAGCACCAUCUUCGAAGGAAGCUUCCGCAUACUGAUAUCCAACACUGUGAUGUAAUCGUUUUCAAAAACCUCCGUAUCCACACAAGUACUGCAAAACCGUGUUUUCAAAGAUCGUCUCUCUUGAGAGAGUUUUUGAAAGGAUGUGUUUUCGGUGACAGUUUUCAUCGGAUACCUGUGGACAGUACGCCAAACCGGUACAAAACGUAUAUAUCCGUUUUCAAACAAAAAAGGAUACGUUUGGACGGAGCCCGUUGUUUUCAUGUUUUUACUCUUUCGUGUUCUCUUCCAGACUCCCAUCAUACCACCAACAAUAAGCGACCAAAUCCGACUGUGGGAACUGGAGAGGAGCAGAAUGACGUUCACUGAAGGUUCGCUGUGAGUGGUCAUGGGAAACUACUCGUUUCUAUGUUCUAUUUAGCAUGAAAUUGUUGGGUUAUAUUUUGUCAAAUAUUACGCCCCAGACGUAACUGAAAACAUAAAAUUUGUCCCCAGCAUUAAGAGUCCGAAAAUUUCUCCACGCGAAACACAGAAACUGGGCGGUCAGUGCAAGCUUAGUCGAGGACAGGGCAGGAAUCAGGGACUACUGAUUGCUAGUCCAUCGCUGUAACCGUUCGGUAACGCUGCUCCUAGGAAAGCAAAAACAGACGGGGAGAACCAAUCACACGUGCAGUAUGCGAAGGAGAAACGCGUGCGAAUUGGCCACGACUGGUACAGCUUCUGACUGGUUGAUAAUAGGGCACGAAGUUUUUUAGCCAAUCAGAAAGCGUGGCUAUGCAAGCAAAGCAAACGACAGUUCCAUUCAGCGGAAAACGGUUGCGAAAGCCUGAAAGUGGACUCAAAGUUGACUUUGAAGAAAUGAAAACCUUUUUUAAAUGGUAAACAACUGUUGUUUAGUGCCUGUACUAUUCUAACCUGACAUUUAGCUAAAGCUGUGCUAUUCUGACACUGAUUUUCUUUGUAGGUGUGCUGUACAACCAAUUUUUAUCGCAAGCUGAUUUUGAAACCCUGCGGAAGUAUGCCGAGGUAACGCUCCUUGUUGUUGUAACCACCUGUCCUCACAGGUUACCCAAUAUACAUGCCCAGCUCUCGGUAGUAAUCCUUUCCAUUGUCGUUUAGGUCCUUUGUGUAUUCUUUCGCUUACCACAGGAUAACCAACUAUAGGAUAAUUUCACAGGAUAAUCUCACUUGCUGGCUUUUAUUUUUUAUUUAGGUCAGUGUAAAAUUUCUUCGUCAGAAUCAAACUCGCAAGCACUUAUAUACUUUUGUAUUUUCAUUUCAUUUGUUAGGAUCUUGGUGUCCUUAUGUGGGCCAACUCAUCAAAAAGAGUUAUUGUGGUCAGUCGCUCUGGUCAUGAUGAUGUUAAACGGUUCUGGAAAAGACAAAAGCAAAACGCAUGACAUCCCCAUGGCUAACAAAUAGCUCAUGUCAAGGAGUCAUGCUAUGAUGUCUCGUGACCUAUCACGUGACGUAACGUGUCACCCAUGCGCAAAAGGAAAGUUUUGCGAUGUCAAAAAUGGACUUCAUCCCAUGCAUCGCUGGAGGUAUUGAUUGAAAAUACUGUUUUUUCCGGGUCAGCAUGAUGACUGGUGAAUGUCACGUGAUGUUAAUUAUCACACACGCGCAAAGGAGAAAGUUUACGCAGACAAAAAUGGAACUCGACACGUGAAAAAGUAACGAACGUGCUGGUUCUUGCAUUUUGUGGCUUUUUGUUAUGAUAAUGAAACAGUUCUGAUACACUGAGACUUGGCUAAAAGAGAUGAACAUCGUGUUGAUUAGAAAUUUCCAGUUAAGUAAUGCGGGUUAAAGAGAACCUCGACAACGUAGACGAUGGCCGUAAAAGCGUCUCUAACAAGGCUUUUCAAACAUUUCCACCUAAAAAUUAUAUUUUAAAACAAUAAGACAAAGACUUUCUUUCGAACUCUACUAUUAUUGAAGGAUCGCAGUACCACACUGCCACCGAAUUUUUGACAAUAUUCCAGUGGAGCCCGCUCCGAUCGUUCGUUGUAUGUCGAAAU